AUGGCUGCCGCCGCCGCCGCCGCCGCCGCCUGUCCCCCUGAGGAGGCCUCGGAGGCCAGGCGACAAGGCCCCAAGCAGGAUCCUGCUGUUGAAACAGCAGAAGAAGCAACAGAACCAGCCGAAGCAGAUAUCAAUGAACUUUGCAAGGAUAUGUUCAACAAAAUGGCCAUUUACCUAACAGGUGAACUGACAGCCACUAGUGAAGAUUACAAACUCCUGGAAAACAUGAACAAACUGACUAGUUUGAAGUACCUGGAAAUGAAAGAUAUUGCAAUAAACAUAAGUCGAAACCUGAAAGAUUUGAAUCAGAAGUAUGCCGGACUUCAGCCGUAUCUGGAGCAAAUCAAUCUGAUUGAAGAGCAGGUGGCAGCACUGGAACAGGCCGCAUACAAGCUAGAUGCAUAUUCAAAGAAACUUGAAGCAAAGUACAAAAAGCUGGAGAAACGGUGAAAGAAGUGCGUUGCGUGACAGGACUUUUCUUCGAGAAUACAUGACUUCUUCCUCUGAAGAAAACUGGACUUUACAAAACUUGUACUACAAAACUACCAUUGGAGAGAGUCAUGUGGGCACUCUAAGGAACAGUGGUGCCCCCCUUUGUUUGAGGCUGAGACAUCUUCCCCUUCUUGUAGAAUCUGUUGCUCUUUACUAUUUUUGUCCCUCGUUUUACAGAAGACUAUCAUUAAAGCUGCUGUUAAUGGCUUCAGCCAGGGCCCUGCAGUAGCUUAACUGGGCAGUUCUGUACCUCCUUCCCUAUUGAGCAAGUCCCUUCUGUGCUCUGAAAAUUGCUUCAUUUGUGAACGUGGAAGUUUCCAAUAUGCCGUGUUGGCAGGUGACGUGGUGUGGCCUUGCAGCAAAGCAUCUUCUCUUGCCGUGCUUUUUUGAGAAAUAAACACCUGGAAAUUAA